UUACGUUCGAUACAGGUGAUAUAAUUUCAGACGUAUAAAUAAAUAUUCUUAAUCGACCAUAAGUUAUUAAACCUCUUGCAAAUUGCAGUAACGUUGUCUCUCUCACUUUGUGUCACAAAGCGAUGUUAGCUCAAAGUGAUGAAAGUGAGAUGGAAAAUAGCUUAGGAUUAGGCUAAUGCAAACGCAAAGAGUAGGGUUCUCCCUUCGUGUUCCCUGUUCUCAGGAUGAGAGCCAUCCCUAUCUCCAAGUUGAAAUGCAAAGCGCUGCAACCAUUUUCACGUCCUUGCUUUCACAUGCCCAACGUGACGGAGUCAACACCCUCCACUCUGGUCCAACAAUUCACCAAAUUCUGCUACCAGAGAGACCUCCCGAGAGCCAUGACAGCCAUGGAAGCCAUGCAAAGGCGCGGACUUUGGGCCGACUCCGUCGUCUACUCCGAGCUUGUCAAGUGCUGCUUGGCUCGGCGAGCUGUUCAGCAGGGUAAGCUCGUCCACAAGCACGUUUUCUCAAAUGGGUACCAGCCCAAGACCUUCUUAAUCAACGUUUUCAUCAACAUGUACGUGAAAUUUGCUCUCUUGGAGGAAGCGCAGGAACUGUUCGACGAAAUGCCUGAGAGAAACGUUGUUUCCUGGACGACUAUGAUAUCGGCAUACUCGAAUUACAAAUUCAACCGCAAGGCCUUGGAGUUUUUGGUUUUGAUGCUCAGAGAAGGUGUUUCGCCUAAUAGUUUCACGUAUUCUUCGGUUUUGAGAGCUUGCGACGGGUUGUUAAAUCUCAAGCAGCUUCAUUGUUGUAUUUUUAAAGCUGGGUUGGAAUCUGACGUCUUUGUUCGGAGUGCUCUCAUUGACGUUUACUCGAAAUUGGGUGAGUUGCAUAAUGCGCUAGGUGUUUUCAAUGAAAUGGUGUCCGGAGAUUUGGUCGUUUGGAACUCUAUCAUUGGAGCGUUUGCUCAGAACAGCGAUGGUGAUGAGGCUCUGAACCUUUUCAAGAGGAUGAAAGGGGCUGGUUUUUCAGCUGAAGAGGCCACGCUAACGAGCGUUUUGAGAGCUUGCACGGUGUUGGCGCUUUUAGAAUUGGGAAGACAGGUUCAUGUUCAUGCUGUGAAGUAUGGUCAAGAUCUAAUUCUGAACAAUGCACUUCUAGAUAUGUAUUGCAAGUGUGGGAGUUUGGAAGAUGCAAACUCUGUUUUUACCAGGAUGGAGGAGAAGGAUGUAAUCUCUUGGAGCACAAUGAUUGCAGGGCUAGCACAAAAUGGUUUCAGCCAAGAGGCCCUGAGAUUGUUCGAGCAGAUGAAAGUUUCGGGGAUGAAACCAAACUACAUCACGCUUCUUGGGGUUAUGUUUGCUUGUAGUCAUGCUGGUCUUUUAGAAGAUGGGUGGUACUACUUCCAGAAUAUGAAGCAGCUUUUCGGGAUUGAUCCUGGAAGAGAGCACUACGGAUGUGUAAUUGAUCUUCUUGGAAGGGCCGGGAAGCUUGACGAGGCAGCUAGGUUAAUACAAGAAAUGGAAUGUGAACCGGAUGCAGUGACAUGGAGGACGUUGCUUGGUGCCUGCAGGGUUCACCGGAAUGUAGAUCUAGCAGCACAUGCUGCCAAGCAAAUUCUUAAAACGGACCCUGAUGAUGCCGGAACCUACAUUUUACUAUCGAAUAUAUAUGCCAAUUCUCAGGGAUGGGAAGAUGUGGCAGAAGUUAGGAAGAGCAUGAAAGCUAGAGGGGUUACUAAAGAACCUGGGUGCAGUUGGAUUGAAGUGAACAAACAGAUUCAUGCUUUUAUCUUGGGAGAUGACUCACAUCCACAAAUAGAUGAGAUCAAUAAGCAGCUGAGCUUGUUGAUUGAUAGACUAAUGGCAGUGGGUUACAUUCCUGACACGAAUUUUGUUUUGCAAGAUCUUGAGGGAGAACAGAGGGAAGUUUCGCUUCUAUCCCACAGCGAGAAAUUGGCGAUUGUCUUUGGUUUAAUGAGCUUGUCAAAGGGGAAGACUGUUAGGAUCAGGAAAAACCUAAGGAUUUGUGGAGACUGUCAUGUAUUUGCAAAACUUGUAGCAAAGAUGGAGGAGAGAACUAUUGUGAUAAGAGAUCCCAUCCGGUACCAUCACUUUCAAGACGGGGUGUGCUCUUGUGGGGAUUAUUGGUAGAAGAAGAUGAGGUUUCAUAAGUUCGAGACAUGAUGAACUUCAGUAUUCUCAUUUAUCAUCAAUGCGCUGAAGCUCUAGCAGCGGGUGAAUUGCAAAAUGCUUCUCUCUUUUUUUCAUAUUCAUUUUGUCCAGUUGGGUUGAAAUUUGAACGGUUUUCCUGGCCCUUCAGAAAGUGUGGCAAGAAAGGAGUAAACUCCGGAUUGCAGUCUUGCAGAGCUGAUACAAAAACAUAACGAACCUAAUGACGAGAUGGAGAAGAUCCUAGUUCAGAAGGAUUGGACACCUCUGUGGUCUACUGAUCUUGAAGGGAUGGUGAAUGGUGCGGUGGAGAUGCGCACUGCGCGUUCCUUGGGGUUGAUCAUGUGUAAAUCGAUGGCACAUGCAGCUUAUGCACACGGUGGUUUGUGAGUCCUUUAGUCCUCCAGCAUCGCCAAUGUUAGUUGAUCAUACUAACGAGAUAUAAAAAGAACUUCUCAAAUGUAAUGACCUCUACGGAUUUUGAUCCAAAUAUAAGUUGACUAACGUAACUUUGGUUUGUCAUGUCGUAUUCGGGCCCGUAUUAUAUGAAUUCAAAGAGAACGAGAGUUACAAGACU